AACAACAGAAGGAUGCGCAAAUGGGCAGCUGCGCCUGGCUCUGCGCGUAGCUGGAAAAAUGGCAACCUUUGAACGUCGUGCGUUAAUGCCAAGCUUAUUCGCGGCUCUGGAUUAUUUACAAUGGGGGUGGUGUAGACAGCCUGCUUUGUUUUGAACGUUUAGUCUAUCUGUAGUACAGGCCUAGUAACGCAGAUGAUUUAACGUGUGACAGAGCGGCUUGUCGAAGUGGGCUGUUACGACACCUGUAGUCAGUCCCGGCAGGUUGCGCUCUCUCUUGGGUUGCGUUUGAAUUGAUGGCCAUUCACCGGGGGGAGUAGACCUUGAGAUGAUCGGCUGAGGGCCGCAUGCUUCGGUGCAGGACUCGGUCCUUCAUCACGCCGUGACGGUGGAGCCCGGCAUCAUCUGAGUCGCUACCGAAACGCGGAGGCUCCGCGGACGGAUGUGCAGCUUUACGCAGCACCCCGUCGUCCGUCGGGCGGGACGCCUGGACGGACACCCAUUCGUCAUCCUUCUGGAGUGAGCUGGGAGCUGAUUUUCAUCGAUCGAUAUUAUUUUAGGGUGUCACCGUGUCACGUCGGUACAUAUCAAAUCGAACGCCUUUCAUGGGCUUUAACAAAUCUGAAUGAUAGUCGGCGUGUUUGCAGCGGUGUGAGAAUACCAGAAACGUAAACGACUUCAUUUCUUAGCGGUCAGCAAAUCCUUUCCUCUCGAAAAGAAGGAAAGAUGAAUUUGAUGCCUCCUGCACACUAUACCAGACUUAAAUGCCGCACGUAGGUGCCACGGUCGGGGUUAUUAAAGUGGCCACCCUACACUGUGUCUUUAAAGGAGGACCGGCCUGAUGGUCUGCCCACUGCUACAUCCCAAAUGAAGAUUUCAAAAAGACGGAAAGGCUUGAGCUACCACAGUUCCUCUGCCAGGAGGUCAAAGGCGGGCUUUGAGAUCAACUAAUGUGAUCAUAUUUGUGAGAGACGUAAGGUUUUUGAAGAGAUUAAUGAAUAUGAUAAAUGGGUCGUUUAAGCUGGGGGCCGCCCGAGUGUUGUCGGGGUGGCAGUGUCUAGUGCCAGCACUGCAGGACAACGACAACAUGAAUGGCACGGAGCAGCAGGACAUCCUGCCGCCCAACUGCAUGGUGAAGGAGCGCUGGAAAGUACUGAAGAAGAUAGGCGGUGGAGGGUUUGGGGAGAUUUAUGAGGCGUUGGACCUGCUCACCCGGGAGAACGUGGCACUGAAGGUGGAGUCGGCGCAGCAGCCCAAGCAGGUCCUCAAGAUGGAGGUGGCCGUGCUAAAGAAGCUCCAGGGUAAAAACCAUGUGUGCAAGUUCAUCGGCUGUGGAAGAAAUGAUAAAUUCAACUAUGUCGUCAUGCAGCUUCAGGGGCGGAACCUGGCAGAUCUGAGGCGGAGUCAACCACGUGGAACCUUCACCAUGAGCACGACGCUGCGUCUGGGGAAGCAGAUCCUCGAGGCAAUCGAAGCCAUCCACUCUGUGGGCUUCCUGCACAGAGACAUCAAACCGUCUAAUUUUGCCAUGGGGAGACUCCCAUCCACAUGCAGGAAAUGCUAUAUGUUGGAUUUUGGGCUCGCACGACAGUACAUCAACACCAACGGAGAAGUCCGACCACCCAGAAAUGUAGCUGGCUUCCGGGGUACCGUCCGCUACGCAUCAGUCAAUGCGCACAAAAACAAAGAAAUGGGUCGCCAUGAUGACCUUUGGUCCCUGUUUUACAUGUUGGUGGAGUUUGCCGUUGGCCAACUGCCCUGGAGAAAAAUUAAAGACAAGGAGCAGGUCGGGCAGGUGAAGGAGCGCUACGACCACAGGAUGCUGUUGAAGCACAUGCCCUCAGAGUUCCACGUCUUCCUCGAACACGUCCUCAGCCUGGACUACUACACCAAGCCCGACUACCAGCUGCUGAUGUCGGUGUUUGAGAACAGCAUGAAGGAACGCAUCAUCACAGAGAAUGAGCUGUAUGACUGGGAGAAGAGUUGCACAGACUCUGUGAUGGCCAGCAGCACAUCCACCGCAGCACAGCCAAACACACGACCUACUGCAGCUAUGCUGGGGGCCAUAAAUGCCACCACAGUCCCAGGAGACCUCCAGAGAGAAAACACGGAUAACGUCCUACAGGACGAGCACUUAAGUGACCAGGAGAACGCACCCCCGGUCCCUGCUGCCCGGCCAGGCGAAGGCAGCCAGGUGCCCCCCGAUGGUGAGACAUGGGAGGACACUGAUUUCAACCGCAACAAACUUCGGAUCAGCCUCGGAAAGGGUCAGGAGGAGGAGGGUAACCGAGGGGUGUGUCCUGCAUCACCGCAAAGAGGUGGGGGAGGGGCGGAGUCUCCUAGUGCACAAGUGCGCUCCCUCAGGUCUCGGGUGGACAUGCUGGGCUCUCCCUCUCGUUACCUCUAUUCCUCUCAACCCGCCCUCAUGCUGUCUAUCGACGGUUGCCGUGGCGAUCGCUGCCGCAACGAGGCUUCAGCGGUGGACCCGGAUGCUCACAGCAACGCCUUCAUCCGCUCCGUGCCUCUGGCCGAGGAGGAGGAUUUCGACGGCAAAGAAUGGGUCAUGAUCGACAAGGAGGCGGAGCUUCGAGACUUCCACCACCACUUGGGGGCGGAACCCACCACCUCCGGCACCACGGAUGAAGAGCCAGAAGAGUUGCGCCCCCUGGAGGAGGGGGAGGACCGAAGGAGGCAGCAGGCCAUGCGAUCCAAACUGGCCCACGGGGAGAGGACAACCUGCAGCAUGUUGCCUUCCACUGAGGGCGAGGCAUCCAGGCGGAGUGGGAGGGGCCAGUCCACAUCGGUGGAAAGCCCCGCACAGUCGCCCUGCCAUUCGCUGCCUUCUAGCCGCACCCGGCGAAGAGAGUCCGAAUCCACGCCUCAGAGACAGGCGUCACUUCCGAGUGUGCCUGUGCUCUCUCCAACUGACUACCGCACCAAGGCACAAUUCUCUGAGAGAGAGAUGUUCCACAUCCUUACCAAGCUGCAAGCCAAAAGGGCCGACUUCCUCACUGUCAUGCUCACAGGGAGCCUACAUCAGCGUUUCACCUUCAUCGCCACGCCCCCAAAUACCCAGGAUGCAGGAGUGGGAGAUGAUGAUGUAACCAAGAGCGACUCCGACAGCGGCGCCAGCGAAAGGAGCUCAGAGCGCAGCCAGGAUGGAGCACCAUCCACCUUGCUGGCAGACGACUCUCAAAAGGAACCCAGAGAAGCUGGUUCUAUGGCUGAUAUUGACCAAGAUCAAGAGGACAUCUCCAAAACGCUCGUUCUAUUUUCCCCAGGUGACAUGAGGAAGUCUCCAAAUUCUGGGGAGGUGAUGGAGGUGAACCAGGGAGAAGCUGCCUUAGAAGCACAUCAUGGUGAACAAGCUCUCGUGGAUAGUCUGCCUCCACAGAGUAACCAACCAGUAGAACCCUCAGAGAGCCAGACUGAGUCUGCUGAGCAUGUGUGCUCUGCUUUAGCCAAGCAGAUGUGUAACCCAGUCACAGGUGCUUCUGCUGCAUCUCCACCUUUCACCAAAGUGGAGCAAACCUUCAUCCACAUUGCAGAGACGACGCAUUUCAACGUAAUGUCUUCCAAUGAGCGGCAGGUUCACGAGUGUGGUCCUGAAGUAUUAGGUGUUGAGGAGGAACUGCCAUGUGGGGGCAUGCCCAUGAAGAGUAAAAACCAUGUCGUCACCCCUGCAGUAGAAGAGGUUACAGCCGGUGCUGACUUUGAAAUGUCCUCUCAAAUUGACAAAGAAAGAACUCAACUACUGGCUGUCCUUGAUGGACGUAUGUCAAGUCAGAUAUGCACCCCUGUCUCUGUUGUUUCUGCAGAGACCCAGGAACCUGUGCAAACAGACUCAGCAAACAAGGGAAGACAGGAAACUCGACUGGAGCAGCCCCAAAGAGAGUCUGAACAUGGGAUAUCAGGAGAUGAUAGAGGAACAAAAAUUAGAAAACCUUGCAUCUCUCUCUGGCCAAGGAGCAGAAGCCGCAUUCCCGUCCUGGUGUCGGAAGAGAACACUGGCAUGGACCAGUCACUGUCCACCUGGGAACAGCUGCGCAAAAGGACCAAACAGCAGGACCUGGCCCGACUGGUAGUUGAGAGGCACAGACAGGGUCGCUGGAAAAGACUCAGCUCUAGGACUUCCUCAUCAUUGUCUUCAGGGGAUGAACCCAGGAGAGCCUCAGAGACUCUGUCCACCACAGGCUCAGAGGAAGACACGCACCAGUCAGAUGACUCCCUUAAUAAAGUAAAAAAAGAGGCGUUUGAGCAUGGCCGAUGCAGCCGGAUCCCUCGACCUGUUACUCCUGUUAGAAGACAUUCAGCUAAACUUUUAAUCACUUCUCCUUCCCCUUUAACCUUGCCAGCAACCAUCACAAUGAAAACAGUACAGACUGCUUGUAAUGGGCCCAAGGCGGUACAGGCAGGUACAGGUGUGGCUGCUGUUCAUGUCAGAUCCAAGUCCACAAUCUCUCACUCCGCCCAGCCCGGCGGGAGUCCUCGUGCGCCUCUGCGCUGUUUCUUUACCACGCCCCGCCGCAGCUUAAGCUCCGCCCAGUGCCCUGCUUUACCCUCCCGGACCGCUAGCCCAUCCCCCCAGCGGCUGGCCCUGCGAACUGCAGUGAGUGUGAGGUCCAGAACUAGCACAGCCACACUGCCACCCGCUGCCGCACACAGCAGGAACCAAACCAAAGCCACAGCACCUGGCAGACCCACUGCUCUGGCCGAGGGUAGAAGGAGCACAACGGACAUCUCUGCUCAAGCCAGAUAAUACACUGUGACUGCUUGUUCAUUUGGGAUUAUUUUACUUUUGAAAUGAAUUCAACAUACUGAUUCAAAAAAGGCAAAUCCCUUCAUUAUACAGUUACUGAGCUUCCAUGUUUUUGAAUGGCUUCACAUCUUAAAUGUUAAUUGUACCAAAAGAUCAUGUUACCUUUUGCACAAAUCGUCAUAUAUUUCUUUUACUACAUUACUGUAUGAGGCUGACCUUUCUCCUUGAUGAGAGCUUCCAAUAACUUAAAUAGAAUAAAUGUCACAUUUAGCCAAUAUGGUGCUAUAUGGUGUGUACAUAUUGAUAGGCAUAUUUAUUUGGUUUUGAGAACAGGUUUGUAGUUUAUGUUACUCUGAUCUCCAUUUUCUACCAGGCCAUAAGAAAUCUAAAAUUCGUACAUAGUUUUCGGACCUGAAACGGUGAGAAAGAGACAGAUGCAAAGUUGAAACUUUAAAGGCUAAGCACCACCUAAUGGACCUCCCUGAAGAUUUCACAUUAUCCUAGCUACUGCAAAAAAAAAAGAAUUUGUGAAUUAAAAUAAAAAUAACAUGGUCAUUACUUUAAAAAUUACAAAUUCAAAUAAAUUGAAGGAAAUUCCAGACAGUUGAGUGACGUCAGUGCACAAACACCAUUAUGACCGACUUGGACUGCAAAUUUUUCAAUGCUGGUUCUUCAUAUUCCAAAGACAUUUUUGAAUUUGAUGAAUAUUAUGAAUGUGCAGUGACAGUAGAGGUGACUGUAUAUCAUAACAGUGAAAUUCAACUAUUUAGAUUUGAGCCAGAGACACCAGAGGGCAGAGUUGGGAAUUAUUACUUGACUAGCUAGCUACGGAUAACAAUCAAUGUUAUGGAUGGGCUCAGCGAGACUCGGCUUUGGUGGUCUACUAUGUGUUUUUAGUAGGUUAAUUAUAUGUCUCCAGCCUUAAAAUGUACACAUUAUCAUUAACUUCUUUUAUGUGUGGCUGAUUUCAGUGAAAUUCUGGUGUUAACUCUGUACAUUGAAAAAAACUUAAAUAAACUGAUAGUGUUAACCACUCAAGUGUUUGGAAAGAUGCUGGAUCACUAUGGGAAACAUAGCUAGCUGGCUAGCUAGGUUAGCUGAAUAAUGGACAUUAAAAAGCAGUCUUAAGAUCACGUUGUCAUGUGAGCCCGGCUUUCUUCUUCCCAUAGUUGUGGUAAAUCACUACAGUUAACGGAGCAAGCGGAUGGUUCUUUCCAAUGUGCCCUUUUAAAGUUGACGAAAUUUGUCAAUUUUUUUUGGGAUAUUUAGGGAUCUUUGGGCUAUUUGUGCAUAGGGGUCCCACUGUACAUUGAAUUAUUGCAUCCAAAAACAACCUUUUUGCCUUUUUGUCCUUUUGCAAUUUUGCAUCAGCUACAAUUCAACUUAUUGAGCUGUUGUCCACCAUCUACGUCAUACGGAUGACGUUUAUGAUGUUUAAGACAGCGGACGACUCAAAACAAUUUUUGAAGCUGUAUUCCUUGAGUUUGUAAAAAAAAGUGUUUUCUAACUAUCCAUAAUCACAAGUUAGAAACUGAGCUUUUGCUGUAUUUAUGUGUUUGACACUUUCAUAUUAGCUGGUGCUUAGCCUUUAACCCUGUUAAACGCUAGAACUUCACAGCAUUUACACGCUUUGAUCCACACAGUGCUGUCUUAGUUAGUCAGUCAUCUUCUGAAAACUGUAUUUUUUUUUAGCAGUAUAGCUUAUUCACAUUCACUCAGUACAGUAUCACUGUAAUUCACAUAUAAAGCACUGGGUCAGUUUAGAUGUUACUUCAGCCUCUUCAUAUCUGCUAUAGCACGGUUCACUCCUGCUCACUGAAGUUCACAGAAUGUGGAAUAUCGGUGUAAAUCUUUGUAAACUUAUUUGUGUUAUUUGGCAUGCAUUUGGUCUUUUGCUCAGUUCUGGUGUUUCAUUAUGUACAGGUUAUUUGUCUAAAGUAUUUAUUAGGGAGUAUUUAUUUAUUUUUAUUUGGCAAAGUAUUUGGUUUGGACUGUGUUAUUGAUAAUGCUCCAGUGGUUUCUGUUCUUUUCUUUACAUGCGAAAACUCACAUAUAUUUCAACAACUACGCAGAAGACCAUUGAAAUCAUUAAAAUGUUUACUGGUGAGAUGCUGAGUAUGUACACUGGGAAAAAGAAGCAUGAAAUGGUCUUAGUCAUGUAUGAUGAAUAUGUAUGAGUAUGUAUGAGUAUGCAUGAGGAGAUGAGUGUAUAGUGAAGUUGAGUGGGUAUGAGAUGUUGAUUGUGUAGCCUAUAGUGGGGAAGAUGAAAAAAUCAUAUUCACCUGCUAAGUCUUGGUGGCUUUACUGUUCAUCUGAGGCAUUAAUCUCAAUGCUGUGAAAAACAUUAGCAUAGUGUGUUUUGCUCUAAUCCAACUAUGAAAUAUUUGUACUGAGCAAGAAAAAUGGUUAGAGAGGUUAGCGCUUUUUGUUUCAGUGACAUUGCAGACUGGACUCAGUCCAUUAUAGAAAAGGGUUUGUGUGAUUCCAACCAAUCAGCUAACAGAUUGAUCAACACAGUAGGAACAGUGUGGCUGAGCCUGAAAUGUGUGAACCAGAUAUGAUGUUAAACACAGUAAUAUUAUGAUCCUAAUGAUAGAAUAACUUAAUUUUACCGGAUGAGACCUGUAGAGGGUGCUAAGGACCUAUCUUAAAAGCUAUGAUGUGUACUACAGUGCUUAGUUCCUGUGCUAAUCUAACACACCUGAUGUCCUGCACUGCGUCUUGCACGCUUCAUGAAUGAAAUACAGCUUUUAUUUUGAGUCACUGCUCCUCAAGAAACAGGGAAGUUGUGCCUCAAGUCUCUUUUCUGUGCAAGCUGCUAGAUAGUGCAAUGAAAUCCCACUAUUGGUCCACAGAGUGGAGCGCAUUGUUGUAGACUAAAGACCUCCUGGAAGAACAUGUAGACUAAAGACCCACCGCUCCUGGAAGAACAUGAGCAAUGCCUGGCCAUUUUUAUCAUUAAUCAUUAU